AGCGCCCAUGUCCACCGACGCGCUCGCUGAACCUCGCGGGUCUAACUGACACGGCCCGACAGCUGACGAGGCUUCGAGAGCAACCUUGAAUCGGCAAGGCAGCGAGCGGCACGGCAGUCGGCGCGCGCCCAGCAGCGGCGCGUCGGCGGACUCUCCGCGUCCUAAGCGAUCGGUUAUGGCCACCCACCCAUCCAGCUGACAUGUCAACAACCAUGCCGACCGAUACUGGAGUGCAGUGCCCCGCAUUCCAGCCGAGCGGCCAGCGGCCGAGAGCAGAGCAGCCUGAACAUGCGCACACGCCGGUCCGUUCGUCUCGUCUCUCGCGUCCCAAGCGACGGGGAGUGGGUAUAUCUUGCUGCUCGUCGUCACUGCUCCAGUCGCCUCCCCCAUCGUAAAGCACCACACACCACACCAUGCCCAUCCAAGUCCGCACAACCGCCGAGUGGGAGCAGUUUGGCCGCGACCACACCUGCCGCGGCCUCGGCCGCCUGUACGACGAGGUCGUGGUCAAGGGCCGCGGGCUGACCCUCACCACCGCCGACGGCAAGGAGUACCUCGACUUUACGGCGGGCAUUGGCGUCACCAACCUCGGGCACUCGCACCCUGCCGUCACGGCCGCCGCGCAGGAGCAGGUCGGCAACAUUGUCCACAUGCAGUGCUCCAUCUUCCAGAACCCCGCCUACCUCCAGCUCAUUGACCGUCUCCUGCCCGUGCUCCCCAACAAGUCGCUCGAUGCGAUCUACUUCUGGAACUCGGGCACUGAAGCCGUCGAGGCCGCUAUCAAGCUCGCACGCGCCUCGACCGGUCGCCACGCCAUCGUCACGUUCCAGGGCGCAUACCACGGCCGCACGGCCGGCAGCGCGAGCCUCACCCGCUCCAAGCCCGUCUACUCGAAGAAGACCGGCCCGCACAUGCCCGGCGUCUUCGUCGCGCCCUACCCCUACUGGCACUCGCUCGGCCUGCCGCCCUCGACCCCUGAGGACGUGCUUGUCGACGCUGCGAUCCACCAGCUCGACCUCGUCUUCCGCCAGCAGGUCGCCCCGCUCGACGUCGGCGCCAUCUUCAUUGAGCCUGUCCAGGGCGAGGGUGGCUACGUCCCAUGCCCUCCGCGCUUCCUGCACCAUCUCCGCUCGCUCUGCGACCAGCACGGCAUCCUUCUCGUCCUCGACGAGGUCCAGACCGGCUUCUACCGCACCGGCUCGUACUUUGCCAUCUCGGACCUCGGCCUGCGCCCCGACAUCUUGACCUUCGCCAAGGGCGUGGCCAAUGGAUUCCCGCUCUCGGGCAUCGCGUCGUCCAAGGCCCUCAUGGACAAGUUUGAGCCCGGAACCAUGGGCGGCACGUACGCCGGCAACCCCGUCGCGUGUGCCGCUGGCGUUGCCGUCCAGGACGUGCUCGCCACGGGCGAGGUCAAGGCCAACGUUGCCGCCCGCAGCGAGCAGAUCUUCAACGCUCUCCGCGCGCUCCAGGCCAGCCCCAAGACUGGCCACCUCAUCGCCGACGUCCGCGGCAAGGGACUCAUGGUCGCCGUCGAGUUCCGCUCCAACACGGACAAGCUCACCCACGAGGGCCUCGCACCUGGCACUGCCUUGCCUCAGAAGAUUGGCUCGCGCGUGCAGACCAAGUGCAAGGAGAAGGGAGUCAUCAUCCUCACCACGUCGUGCUUUGACACGAUCCGCUUCAUCCCCGCCCUCAUCGUCACCGAGGAGGAGAUGUCGCGUGCCAUGGCUGUCUUUGGCGAGGCAUUGAACGAGGUCGCACUGGAGGGCUAG